AUGACCCUUGUUCUAUUAGAAAUUUAUAACACUUCAAAAAAGAUUACUAAUCUUGUUGAAGAAUAAUUAAGUAUAUAUUGUCCUUAACACAUCAUAGGAUGUAGUCUAACCAAAAUCAGUGUUAAGAAAGUUACAUAACAAAUAAUUUAUAUAAAGCAAAAAAAAUAAGUAAGCUACUGUGUAAUCUAGGUAAUAGACUAAAUAUUAAACUAUAUCGUAAUAGAAGUAACUUUAAGCCCAAGCCAUUUGUUGUUAGAAAUAAUAAAUGAAUAAUUUUUAAAUGUAGAAUUGUUGUCGCUGCAAGCAUUUAGACUAAGCACAUUCAAGUAUUUAAGUUAGGAAACUAAAGACUUACUCUCAAUAAUAUAUCCAAAAACAAAAAAUAUAAGAUUGAUAGUUUUACAAUUAAUAUCCAAAAAUAUAAACUACAUUAUUGUAUUAUUUUUAUUUGAAUUGCAAUUCUUGUCACACUCUUUUAGCAUUUGA